ACAAAUUUGCGUUUACACUGUAACAUAGAUAAUACAACAUCUGUGGUAAAUAUUGAAAAAUAUAUAUAACACUCAGGUCUCGACAAAUAUUCUGGAUAAAGUAACAAAUAGCUUCAAAAAUUAGUGGAAAUAAUUAAAUAAAAACAUUUCAGGUUUCUUGAAACAUACCAACUUAAUAUACUAUUCACCUCUACUACAUUGAAUGAGUAGAAACAACCAAAAGAAAAAGAAUAUAUUUCAAUAACAGUUUCACAUUUUCAAAAAUGGAGAACAUUCUAUACACAAAUCCACUAGAAACAGUUCAACUCAUAUCAAUAUUAAGUUAUUUCAGCGCACUCAGUGAUUAUUUAUUUUUGGAAAAUCAUCUAUCAGAAGGUGAUCAAAAUAAACAAAUACCAGUUAUCAAUGCACUCUUUAAAUAUUUAGAGGUCAAUCGUGAUAAUCAAACAAUGAAACUCAGAUUGGUUAGGAAAUUAUUAGAAGGUAGUGAUCUAUAUGGAGAAAAAAACCAUGAAAAUUUGGAUGAAACUUUUGUAAAUGCAAUGUUUGAAUACAUCAUUACUUCCCUGGUAUUUGACAAAUAUGGAAAUGUUUACGGUUUCUUAGCAGAAGUAGUUCGCAAAACUAAAAAUUUACAAUUACAUUCUUUGUACGAGGACAUAAAGGCUAAUCUCAGAGGUGCAAAAUUUGAAAACGAGUAUGGCGAGAGUUCGAUUCUUUCUGCAUUAGCGGCAAAUAGAAUAUUUACAGAUAUAAUAUUACCGCUAUUUCCACAGCCUGGAAGAAACCUGAAUCUAUUAUCUCUUGACUACAUUUACGCACAAGCUGGACUAAUUUUCCUUCGAACUGGUAAAUCAAAUACUGCCUUUUAUACUGAUUUACAGAAUAUUAAUAGUACUGUUUUUGAUCAUAAAAAUUUAUUUGAAGGAUAUAUGGUAACAGGACAUAUAAUUAGAAAUGCACUAAAUAAUGAAAACAUACGUCUUGUUAGUUAUAAAGCAUUUACUCUUCCAGCUCUUUUUUAUUAUGUUUCUAAAUCAUACACUGGUAAUAGAAGUAUUAAAAAUUUAGUGCUAAGUCCAUAUUAUUUGAAAGCAGCUUAUAAUAAUCUUUUUUCAUAUCUAGAUGAGACUUUUGACCAAAUAAAAAAUAAAUUAAAAAAUGACACUAAAUAUCAAAUAAACACCGCGUUAUUACAAUUUAAGAGUUAUUCAGAAAGAGCUAAAUCUAAUUUAGAAAGUAAUUGCCCACAUUUCAGUAAAGAAGAUAUAAAAUCAAACAUUCAGAAUUAUUUAUAUUUUCCACAAUACUUUCAAUGCCAGUUUGGAACAAUAUUACCAAAUCUGAUUGAACAGGUUCAGGACAGUAUAAAUAAUUUUAGUGCAGUAUAUAAAAUGUAUGAUAUGAAAUCAGUGCAUCAAUCUUUUGGGACAUCUUUUUUAAGAUUUUUAAAUUAUAGUAUUGUACAUAUACAAUUAAUAGUUCCAACUGAUAAGGUAAUACAUGGUAUCUUUAAUAACAAUGCACGUAUACCAUACGAUUUGUUUAAAUUUAAUUACCCCGAAAUUAGAUUAUCAGAUUUUUAUGCAUUACUGCGCGAAGAUUAUACGGCGGUAUUAAUUAAAGAAAGUGAUGAUCCUAUCGGUUUUCAACAAAAAACUAAUCUGUCUGUUCAAAUGUUAUUAAGUCAACAUUAUCAUCAAAUAAAUUUAAAAUCAGUUGAGGAGACUAUGGAUGUAUUUUGGAAAAACUUUUUGAACCAUAAACUAAAAAGGUUGGAAUCAUAUCUUAAAUUUGUUGGCACUGGUGCAUCACUAGGCGAAUGGUGGAGAGAAUUUGGAUUAUCAUUGGUACCGUUUUGGCCAUGCAUAACAAAACCUUUAAACAUAGAAAGUGAUGAAGAAGUUUGUGUAGGAAACGAAACUAAUUUUUCGUAUCAGCGGAAUGUGGAUAUGUUUAAUUCAUUAAUAAACUCCGAUACUCAAUCUUUCUUGACAUCAUUAGGCACUACUUUUAAAGCUACAAUAGUCUAUUUAACAUUAAAUCAGAAAUAUGAAGUUGCAGUAGAAAAUCCAACUACAGUACUCGACUUUAUAAAAAAAUUUGUAUUUCAUAUGCAAAAACCUGCAUUUGAUCUCACCUUCCUGGAUAAAGAGGAUAUAAUAUUAGUACAAACAGUUAUUAAUAAAUUAGGGCAUAAAAUUAAUAGUUCCUUUACGUCAGUUAUAAAUAAUCUACAUAAUAUAAAAAAAUUUUGUAAAAAAAUUAAAAGUACCUAACAAAUAUUAUAUAAUAGAUAACCAUAUUCACUGAGAAAUAAAUUUAGUCUUUGCAAUUUGUAACCAAAUUUUGGUUGGCUGAAACAAAGUCGUAGAGUUAUCUCAACCAAACAAUUGGUUAGACCAACCAAAUUAUUUGAUUGAAAAUUUUUAAAUUCCAACCAAAAUUUGGUUACGACAACAAAAUAGUUUGGUCUAAAAAACCAAAUGAUCGUUUGUUGUUCUAACCAAAAUUUGGAUGCGACAACCAAAUAAUUUGAUUCGCUCUCAGUUUAUAGCUUAAGAGAACAGUUAGUUUAAAUUUCUCAGGAGGAUGGGUAGUCCAGUAAUUAGAGCUCCCGACCUACAGUUUUAAAACAGAGGUUCGAUCCCAGGUGGAGAUGAGAUUUUUCAAAGUCCACAAAUAUUUCAAUAGGAUAAAUAUAAAUUCAAUGUUAAAUGGAUAAUAAAUAAAUAAUGAAAUAAAUAAAAAAGAAAAGAGAUAAGGUAGAAUAAAAUUUUUAAUUUUACAAAAAAAACUGUUUGAUCAACCAAACAUUUUUGUUGACCUAACAAAAAAAAUUUGGUUGAGCUAACCAAACAUUUUUUUACGCCAACAAAAAACACUCAACCAAAUUUUUUAGUUGACUCAAACAAAUAGUUUGGUUGCUUAAAUACCAACAAAAUUUUGGUUGCUCUGACUAAACAUUUUUCUCAGUGUUCUUUUCUCUAAAUUAAGGUACGUUCGAGACGCACGUUAUGUUGCUACGUUUGAAAAUUACUAUUGUAACGCACUUUGCGCGACUUUAGAUAUUUUAAAUUAAAUAGAAAGUGGGGGUUCGGCUCGCGAUAGCCGAUACAAAUAAAUUGAGCAAAAAUCCUAGCGAAAUCCAGAAUUCAAAAAGGCGAUUCGACCUGCGACUCAAUCAAAUGAGCAGCUGCGAGCAAUUGAUCCGAGACGAGUCCAUCCAGAUGAGGAAUAAAGAUCGAUUGAUCGAACUUACCAGUUCGCAGAUUUAAUAAAAUAAAAUGCGCUUUUACAACAAUUUACAAAAAUGCGACGCAGCGCAUCGAUUACGCGCAGAAAAUCGCGUCGGAAGGUGCUUCUACGAUAAGAAGUCUAGCUUCUCUCUGAUGAGAGGAUCGACCGCGAUCCUCGCGAAUAUAUGAUUCGGUUAACGACCAAUCAUCGUCGUAGGCUUGAGGCUUACGGCUGGCGCGAGAAAUUAGGAAGUAGGCAAACAGCCGGGAACGGCAUAUUUAUCCGAGGAGAUAGAAAAAGAUAUGGAUCGUUGCACUAUGUAGCAUCUUUUAUAUUCAUAACACCGUCCGACACGAUUUUUUACCCACAAAAAAAUACAACAUUCUCGGAAACUAGGACCAAAAAAAAAUCCAUGUCCGGUCGUUUUUCUAGAUCAAGUAGUUUGUAGUUUUUAGAGGUGAAAACAACCCCUAAAUGAAAAGUGACAAGAUAUCCGCCAUUUUGAAUUUUGAAAAUUUGACAUCAGAUUUGUCAUCAGCGACCCCAAAAACUCCUAGAUACAAAGUUUUAUAAGAAAUUAAUAACGUUUUAAAAAUUUGAUUACCAAAUUAGAUCCGCCAUUUUGAAUUUUUAAAAUCUGACAUCAGAUAAAUAAUCAGCGACCCCGAAAAUCCCCAAAUAACAGGUUGUAUAAAAUAUUAAUAAUUUUUAAAAGAUAUCUUGUCAUUUUUCAUUUAGGGGCUGUUUUCACCCCUAAAAACCACAAACGACUUGAUCUAACAAAACGGCCAAACAUGGGUAUUUUUUUGGUCCUAGUUUCCGAAAAUGUUGGAUUUUUUUGUGGGUCAUAAAAAGUUGAAUUUUGUCAAACGGUGUAAUGUAUGAAAUCAUACUUAUACACAUUAAAAAAAGGUUCAUAACAAAUAGAAAUUUUUAUCAGUGGCAUAAAAUAUUAUUAGUUCGUUUAUUAUAUAUGUUGUAAUUUACAUGUAUGUUUAUUGAUCAGUAAUUUUCAAAAAUGUAAUAAAACUU